UCCGCCCGCCGCUUCUGGGCCGCACUGGGCUCCGGCGCGGGACCAUGUCUCUGGUGACUGGCGGCAGCGAGGCGGCCGGCGGCGGGGCCGGUGGCGGCGGCGGCGGCACGCGGGUUUUCUUCCAGAGCCCCCGGGGCGGCGCCGGCGGCAGUCCCUGCUCCGGCAGCAGCUCAGGCUCCUCCCGGGAGGACUCGGCGCCCGUGGCCGCGGCGGCCACUGCCGGGCAGGUUCAGGAGCCGCAGCCCCAGCAGCAGCAGCGGCGCCACCAGCAGGGAAAAGUGACGGUGAAAUAUGACCGCAAGGAGCUUCGGAAGCGGCUGGUGCUGGAGGAGUGGAUCGUGGAGCAGCUGGGUCAGCUGUACGGCUGCGAGGAAGAAGAAAUGCCAGAUGUAGAAAUUGACAUUGACGAUCUUCUUGAUGCAGACAGUGAGGAAGAGAGAGCUUCAAAAUUACAGGAAGCUCUUGUAGACUGCUACAAGCCAACGGAGGAAUUUAUCAAAGAGCUGCUCUCUCGGAUAAGAGGCAUGCGGAAACUGAGCCCUCCACAGAAGAAGAGUGUAUGAUUCCGGAUCAGGGCGGAGUUCUCCGGAGACGAAGACAGGGUUCUGGGAUGUAGACUCCAUGACGACUUUUGUUAAAGAAUAGUUGUCCUUAAGAACAAGUGGUUUGGUUUGGUUUGAUUUUUUUUUGUUUGUUUGUUUGUU